GGAGGUGACCAGUCCUGCCCCGGGGCAUGUGAGGGGCUGCAGGGUUCAAUGGCAGACAAACGCCGUUUCCUGGGAUGACAUUCCAGAAAGAUCACAGACGAGGAGAACCUUGGGAAGUGUCGGAAUCCCCCAUUGUUUAUUUAUAAUUUUUGGGGUUGUCUACCUGCUCGUCGCGGUCUCGACACAGCGUUCUCCGUCUGGGAGAAAGUUAAGCGAGGGCCAUCCCUGCGGGUUUACCUGCUUUUGCUUGAUGAUACGUUUACAAGGCCAGUUUGUGUUCGCCAAGCCCGUAAAUGGUGUAGCCCCAGUAGUGCCGUUUGGCUUUGCCUCUUUGCUUCAAGUGACAGCGUUAGAGCAGGUGUUGCAAAAGCGCUGAGGCUGCCAUUUUCAGACAUUUUAAAACCUGUUUACUAUGUGUCACCCAGCAGUUCUGAGUUCACUUCUUGUAUCUCACAGGUGCUUCAUGUCACCACGCAGGGCACCUGGGCUUAUUUACGCGUUCAGUGGAGAGUAUUUUACUUAGAGUAUAUUCCUCCUUGGGCUUGACGAGGGGGAAGAGGCAGCUCCCCUCCCCCCGGCCCUGUAUAUCCUGCGCUAGAGUUUGCGGCUUACCGUUUGGAUUGGAUAUACCAUUCUAUAGUUUUAAUAUUCAAAAAGCAUUUCUACAUGUGGCUUAGCAUUUAGGAAAAUCAUAAACAUAGGUGACUUUCCUGUGAUUGUUGUGCAAAACCAAAGAAACCUUUUUUCCUAAUUUAAGCUGUAUGAAUUUCUUUUUGCUUUUAUGUGAAAGUAUUUUAACAGAAUAAUAACUUCCUUAGUCAUAGAAACCUGAAAAGCUCAACUUACAGUAAUACCUUAUUGUGACCCUAAUAUUAAUUUGUGUUGGAGAGUAUGACUAAGCAUACAGUUUUAUCACUAAUUAAUGACUUAAGGAGCCCCGGUGGUGCAGUGGUUAAGAGCUCAGCUGCUAACUAAAAGGUCAGCAAUUUGAAUCCACCACCCACUCCUUGGAGACCCUAUGGGCAGUUCUACUCUGUCCUGUGGUGUGGCUCUGAGUCAGAAUUGACUCCACGGCAACGGGCUAAAUGACUUACACUAGGGAGAUUCCACAAGAUGUGGAGAGAACCAAAGUUUGAGAAGCAGAAAGACCCAGUCUGACAACUGCAGAGUAGCCCGGCUGCCACACUGCACGGUGGGACACUGGACACAGUAAUUCGCCUUGUUCCGUAGACAUGUCUCAACGAGAUCCUGGAGUCAGCGGAUGCGCCGUUGGAAGCCACUGAAGGAUUCAUCCAGUCCAUCUCCCUGUCGGUCCCGUGGGGCUCCUUGUUGCAGGACAACUGCGCCCUGGAAGUGAGAGGCUUAGAAAUGGUCUUCCGACCUAGACCUCGCCUAGCAUCUGGUUCUGAGCCUAUGUACUGGUCAAGUUUUAUGACCAGCAGUAUGCAAUUGGCAAAGGAGUGUCUUAGCCAGAAACUAACAGAUGAGCAAGGAGAAGGAACCCAGCCUUUUGAAGGACUUGAAAAGUUUGCUGAAACCAUUGAAACAGUACUAAGAAGAGUAGAAGUCACUUUUAUAGACACUGUUUUGAGAAUUGAACACAUACCAGAAAAUUCCAAAACUGGAACCGCACUUGAAAUUCGGGUGGAAAGAACCGCGUACUGCGAUGAAGCUGCUGACGACGCCUCAGGUGUCAACGUGCACCAGCCCACAGCUUUUGCUCACAAGUUACUUCAGCUCUCUGGGGUGGCUCUCUUCUGGGAUGAGUUUCCUGCAUCAGCUAAAUCUUCCCCAGUGUGUUCAACUGCACCCGUGGAAACUGAGCCAAAGCUGUCGCCUAGCUGGAACCCUAAAAUUGUUUAUGAGCCACACCCACAACUAACUAGAAAUUUACCAGAGGUAGCACCAUCUGACCCUGUGCAGAUUGGAGGGUUAAUGGGUAGGCUGGAGUUAAGUCUCACGCUGAAACAGAAUGAAGUACUUCCUGGAGCAAAGUUGGAUGUUGAUGGACGGAUAGACUCUAUUCACCUAUUCCUGUCGCCAAGACAGGUACACUUGCUUUUGGACUUGCUAGCAGCCAUUGCUGGACCAGAAAACUCUAGCAAGAUAGGAUUGUCUAACAAAGACAGAAAAAGUCGACCCAUGCAGCAAGAAGACGAGUAUCGAGUUCAGAUGGAGUUAAACCGGUAUUAUUUGAGAAAAGACUCCCUCUCUGUGGGUGUGUCCUCAGAGCAAAGCUUUUAUGAGACAGAAGCAGCUCGUACACCUUCUAGCCGUGAAGAAGAGGUUUUCUUCUCCAUGGCUGACAUGGACAUGUCCCACAGUCUCUCCUCUCUUCCACCCCUUGGAGACCCCCCACAUAUGGACCUUGAGCUGUCAUUAACCAGUACAUAUACCAACACCCCAGCAGGAUCGCCACUGAGUGCUACUGUGCUUCAGCCAGCUUGGGGAGAUUUCCUUGAUCACCAUAAAGAACAGCCAGCAAGAGGGUCACCAUUUCCACCCAACCUGGUUCACCCAGCCUCUUUACAGAAGACUGCUGUCCCGUCUAGAUCCCUUUCUGUGGAUGAGUCCAGACCUGAGCUUCUUUUCAGGCUUGCCGUGGGAGCUUUCUCAGUCUCUGUGCUUCACAUCGAUCCUUUAUCUCCACCUGAAACAUCCUUGAACCUUAAUCCACUGACGCCCAUGGCUGUAGCUUUCUUUACCUGUAUAGAAAAGAUUGACCCCGCAAGAUUUUUGACAGAGGACUUGAAGUCUUUCCGAGCAGUGUUUGCAGAGGCUUGCUCGCAUGAUCACCUCAGAUUUAUAGGUACUGGCAUCAAAGUCUCCUAUGAACAAAGACAAAGGUCAGCCUGCAGACAUUUUGGUACUGAUACGUCCAUCGGGCAAAUGGAACUUCUGGAAUGCCUGUUUCCCAGUGAUUUUCACUCUGUUCCUCCUCACUAUACAGAGCUUUUAAUGUUCCAUCCCAAAGAAGGGACUGAUUCACACCCCUCUGCGUGCCUUCAGCUUCAUUACAAGCAUUCUGAGAACAAAGGACCCCAGGGUAGUCAAGCAAGACUUAGUUCAGUUCCUCAGAAAGCAGAAUUACAGAUUAAAUUAAAUCCUGUCUUCUGUGAACUGGAUAUCAGUAUUGUGGACAGAUUAAAUUCCUUGCUUCAACCACAGAAACUUCCUACAGUAGAGAUGAUGGCAUCUCACAUGUAUACUUCAUGUAAUAAACAUAUUAGUCUGCACAAGGCUUUCACUGAAGUCUUUCUAGAUGAUUCACACAAUCCCGCAAAUUGUCGGAUAUCAGUACAAGUUGGCACAGCAGCAUUAAACCUUUCUGUUCGCUUCCCAAUACCUGAUCUUAGAUCAGAUCAAGAAAGAGGACCGUGGUUUAAGAAGUCACUUCAGAAGGAGAUCCUUCAUUUAGCCUUCAUGGAUCUAGAAUUUAAGACUGAAUUCACAGGAGGAUCAACCCCAGAACAAGCUAAACUGGAACUUACCUUCCGAGAACUAGCCGGGUCGUUCCAGGAGGAUAAAGGAGAGCCAUCUAUUAAGUUUUUCCACGUGUCUGGUGGAGUAGACGGAGAUGUAACAUCGUCGGACGACUUUGACUGGCCGCGAAUUGUACUGAAAAUUAACCCCCCAGCCAUGCAUUCCAUCCUGGAGAGAAUAGCAGCUGAGGAGGAAGAAGAGAAUGAGGGUCCCUAUCAGGAGGAAGAGGAUGGGGGUGCUCACUCCCUGAAAGACGUUUGUGAUCUGAGGAGACCAGCCCCGUCUCCUUUCUCUUCUCGUAGAGUGAUGUUUGAAAACGAGCAGAUGGUGAUGCCGGGAGACCCUGUAGAAAUGACAGAGUUUCAGGAUAAAGCAAUCAGCAAUUCUCAUUACGUGCUGGAACUUACGUUACCAAAUAUCCAUAUAACACUACCUAAUAAAAGCUUUUAUGAGAAGCUUUAUAAUAGGAUCUUCAAUGACUUGCUCCUGUGGGAACCAACAGCACCUUCACCAGUAGAGACAUUUGAAAAUAUCUCAUACGGUGUUGGACUCUCAGUAGCCAGUCAGCUGAUUAAUACCUUCAGUAAAGACAGCUUUAGUCCGUUGAAAUCUACAGUUCACUAUGAUGAGGAAAGUGGGUCUGAGGAGGAGACUUUGCAGUACUUUUCUACCGUUGACCCCAACUAUCGUUCCCGUAGGAAAAAGAAAUCAGACUCUCAGAAUAAGAACUCACAGAGCUUUCUCUCAGUCCUUCUGAAUGUUAAUCAUGGACUAGUGGCCGUGUUCACGGAAAUAAAGCAAGAGAACGGAGAUCUGCUGGAAAACAAGCAUGGGGAAUUCUGGCUGGAGCUCAGUAGUGGCUCGUUGUUUUGCGUGACGAGGUAUGAAGGCUAUGACGACAAGCACUACGUCUGCCUUCAUUCUGGCAGCUUCAGCCUGUACCACAAAGGCAUAGUGGACGGAGUGAUUCCUCCUACAGAAACGAGGCUGCCCAGCUCAACACGCCCACAUUGGUUGGAGCCCACCAUUUAUUCCUCUGAAGAAGACGGCCUCAGGAGAGCUGCUUCAGACGGCGUUGGAGGAGAUAGUUUGAAUAUGCUCUCUGUCGCAGUUAAAAUACUGUCUGAUACAUCAGAAUCCAAUACAAAGGAAUCUCUCAUUGCAGUAGGAUUGAAAGGAGCCACUCUCCAGCACAGGAUGCCUCCUUCUGGGCUUAGCUGGCACGAGCAGAUUUUACACUUCUUGAAUAUUGCCGAUGAACCUGUUUUGGGGUAUAAUCCUCCAACUUCCUUCACAACUUUUCACAUUCAUCUCUGGAGCUGUGCGCUCGACUAUAGGCCCCUCUAUCUGCCGAUCCGGUCUCUCCUCACUGUGGAAACAUUCAGCGUUUCCAGCAGUGUUGCACUGGACAAGUCGUCCUCCACGCUCAGAAUAAUCUUGGACGAAGCUGCUGUAUAUUUGUCUGACAAAUGUAACACCGUGACUAUAAACCUGAAUAGAGAUUAUGUCCGUGUGAUGGAGGUGGGGCUUUUGGAACUGACCAUAACUGCGGUGAAGUCUGAUUCUGAUGGAGAACAAACUGAGCCCUGCUUUGAGUUACACUGUUCCAGCGAUGUGGUCCACAUCAGAACCUGCUCAGACUCUUGUGCUGCCUUGAUGAACCUGGUUCAGUACAUCGCGAGCUACGGGGACUUGUACGGACCUCACAAGGCAGAAGUGAAGCCUGGAGCCCCUCAAAGGAAGACCAAGGGAGAUCCUCGUGGUCGGUCAUCCUCACGAGGUCCGGUGCUUCCUGAAGCAGACCAGCAGAUUUUACGAGAUUUGAUGACUGAUGCUAUGGAGGAGAUUGACGUGCAGCAAGCGGCGGCGUCUGUGAAGCCCCAGGCUAACGGUGAUUUGGAUGAAAAAUCUCAACUUCAGGAGCCGUGUUGUUCGGACCUCUUCCUGUUUCCAGAUGAGAGUGGGAACGUGUCCCAGGAGCCCAGCCCGGCGUCUGCCUCCUUCACUCACCACCUGAUCAGUGAGGCAAUGGCAGCCGUGCCCACUGAGAAUGAUGACUUUUGCAUUCUUUUUGCACCAAAAGCAACCAUUCAGGAGAGGGAAGAAGAGCCAGUUGUAAAGAUAAUGGUCGAUGAUGCCAUUGUGGUCAAAGACGACUAUUUCAGUCUGCCGGUGAAGAAGACAGACACGAGCAAGGCCCCACUUCACUUUCCCACGCCUGUGGUCCGGUAUGUGGUCAAGGAAGUCUCUCUUGUUUGGCAUCUUUAUGGAGGAAAGGAUCUGGGGACAGUCCCUCCCUCAUCUCCAGCUAAAAGUUACAUUAGCCCCCACAGUUCACCCUGUCACACACCCACAAGACGUGGCCAUAGCGCGGUGUGUGCAGGGAAAGGAAGGAACCACGACUUUUUAAUGGAGAUACAGUUAAGCAAGGUGAAGUUUCAGCACGAGGUGUACCCGCCAUGUGAGCCAGCAUGUGGCCCCAGCCUCGCAGAGCGUCCCGUCUCCCGGCAGGUGCUGACCGUCCAGGAUCUAGAGAUCCGAGACCGGCUGGCAACGUCACAGAUGAAUAAGUUUUUGUAUCUGUAUUGCAGUAAAGAGAUGCCUCGGAAAGCUCAUUCCAACAUGUUGACAAUUAAAGCACUACAUGUGCGCCCCGAGUCUGGCAGGUCACCCCAGGAGUGCUGCUUGAGAGUGUCACUGAUGCCGCUUCGCCUCAAUAUCGACCAGGAUGCCUUGUUCUUCCUGAAGGAUUUUUUCACGAGUCUUUCCACAGAGGUAGAGCUUUUAAUGACUCCAGACCCAGAAGUUAGAAAGUCUCCCGGAGCUGACGUCACCUGCAGUUUGCCAAGGCGCUUGAGCCCGUCAAAGGAGCCAGAUCUAGUUCUUUCUCUCCCUGGGCCAAAACCAUCUUCCCAAAAUGAUAGUGCCAACUCAGUGGAGGUGAUUAAUGAGGGGGAAGAGAAGGAUUUCUCGGCUGAAGAGGCAUCAUUUAGCGACCAGCCUGUGUUUUUUAGAGAAUUCAGAUUCACAUCAGAAGUUCCUAUUCGACUUGAUUACCAUGGCAAACACGUUUCGAUGGAUCAGGGUACAUUAGCUGGGAUUUUGAUUGGUCUAGCCCAGUUAAACUGCUCUGAACUAAAGCUGAAGAGGCUUUUCUAUCGGCACGGUUUGCUAGGUGUGGACAAGUUAUUUUCGUACGCAGUCACUGAAUGGCUCAAUGACAUCAAGAAGAACCAGCUACCAGGAAUCCUGGGAGGUGUGGGACCUAUGCAUUCACUAGUACAGCUGGUGCAAGGCCUCAAGGACCUGGUCUGGCUGCCCAUCGAGCAGUACCGGAAGGACGGCCGCAUCGUCAGGGGCUUUCAGAGAGGGGCUGCUUCCUUUGGCACUUCAACAGCAAUGGCUGCCUUAGAACUCACAAACAGAAUGGUCCAAACGAUACAGGCUGCAGCAGAGACUGCUUAUGACAUGGUGUCUCCUGGUACCCUUUCUAUCGAGCCCAAGAAGACCAGAAGGUUUCCUCACCACCGGCUAGCCCAGCAGCCAGUUGACCUGAGGGAGGGCGUGGCCAAGGCCUGCAGUGUUGUGAAAGAGGGGUUCGCAGACACGGCGCACACCAUUUACGAGACUGCAGCCCGAGAGCACGAGAGCCGAGGGGUGACAGGCGCCGUGGGCGAGGUCCUGCGCCAGAUCCCCCCGGCUGUGGUGAGGCCGCUCAUCGUUGCCACGGAAGCCACGUCCAACGUGCUGGGCGGCAUGAGGAACCAGAUCCGACCGGACGUGCGGCAAGACGAGUCCCAGAAGUGGCGCCACGGGGAAGACUGACCACCAGGGCUCUUCAGAUGAGGAGCGAGGGUCCUACGGGCAGCUUGAGGGGGCCACAUGCGCUUUCACCGUGCUCAUCUCAGGAACAAAAGCACUUCUCAGUUACAUAAUUUAUAUCAGAACAACGUGCACCCCAGACUCCCCACAUCCUAGGGCUGGUUUGGUAGUUGCCGUAGACAUUUGCUGGCUGCUGUCAAAGGUCCUCAAGCAUCUGCUGCCAAGUUAGGAAACCUUGCUUUUAUUAAGUGACCAUAUUUCUCCCCAUUACAGACGAGACGUCAGAAACCUCCUCUUACAGCAUUUGAGCACUUUUAAAGCACUGUUUUGGUUGCUUGAGGAGCUGAUUUUUCUCAAGGUUUAAAAAGAAUCACAGCUUCAAAGCUUUCAUUGAGAAUGAAAGACAGAAGCCACGGGGAAAGCAAAGCAGAUAGAUAGGGUUGUUAACAAAUGUUGGUGGGGACAGAGUGACCCCCAUGUUGGACCGAGUGCCCGUGUGCUGGAGAGUAGUGAAUCCCCAUUCACCCGUGAAAUCGGGGGGUCUCUGGAAGACAAGUGUUGCAGACGUGUUCUGUUGUGUUGCACUUUACCCUAUACAUGUGCGUGUUUCUAGGGUCACACACGCCAUGUGUUCCAUGCUUGUGUCAUUUACAAAGUUACACAAAGUGUAUGCAAGAUUUUGGCAAAAGAUGGUAAUCUAAAAUAUAAUAGCUUCCAUUUAUUUUAAGUGUAAAUGAAAAAUGUGCGUUCUCUAACGAACUGGGGCCCAGGUAAUGGUUUAUAUGUUCAAUUUUAAGCCAGUGCAGUGCAA